AGGGCUGGAGGCCUGUGCUGUUCUGCUGCAGGUUGGGGCAGUGCUUAGCAGGGGUGGGGGUAAAGGCUAGCUAGAGAUGGCCUCCCUGCCUCCAGACCAUGAGGACUCUUGGUGGCAGAGGGGUUUUGUGCUUCUCCCUGAAGAAUCUCAUCCCUGAGACUUGUAACCAGCUGAAAGAAAAUCAAUUCCUCGUUGCCGAAGGAUUAACAGGAUGCUGUCCAAUGAAUCCCUCCACUCUCCUGCAUUCAGCCGCUCCACCUCACAAGCCUCCGUAGACAGCAUGUCCAUGGAGGACUUCUGGCGGGAAAUCGAGAGCAUUAGAGAGAGCAGCAUGGGGGGGCAGGAGGAGCAGCCACCCGCUGAGGUCAAGCCCGUGGACGAAGGAGAACUAGAGGCAGAGUGGUUGCAAGAUGUGGGUUUGUCAACUCUGGUCUCCGGCGAUGAAGAGGAGGAUGGCAAAGCCCUGCUCUCAACAUUGACUCGGACCCAAGCAGCUGCAGUAAAGAAGAGAUACAACACCUAUACUCAGACCAUGCGGAAAAAGAAUAAGCAGCCGGUGCGGGAUGUCAGAGACAUCUUUGGAGUCAAUGAGACGCCUCCAGAUGAUUCUUGUGACAACCAUACCACUCCACUGGAUGGCACCGAGGAAGAAAAAGAGCUACCAGGAGUUGUCAAGACAAGUGAUCCUGUGCCCCAUGAUGCUUCUCUCAAUGAUACUACCCUGUGUGACAGGACCCAGGAUGAAGAGAGGUCUUUUCUAGAUCCCAGCAGAGGCUCCAUGUCUACACUCGAUGCUAUUCCCAACAUCCCAGUUCAUUCCAACGGAUCUGCAGAGCCUGGGCAGUCAGUUCAGGACGUAUUGAGUGUUUUAGAUGAUGAUGAUCUAGAAAAGAACAUUCCAGCAGAGGCUGAAGAGUUGUCUUUUGAAGUAUCUUAUUCAGAAUUGAUUACAGAGGCUCCAAAAAGAAAUAAAUUUAAGAAGUCAGAGAUUAAGAAAGAAGACUAUGCUUUAACUAAUUUUUUUGUUCAGAAAACCAGAUUGGGGUUAACUGAAGCGAGAGACCUGUCUGCUGAAGAUCUGAAGAAGGUCCGCCAUCUUUCUCUGAUUGAAUUGACAGCCUUCUUCGAUGCCUUUGGAAUUCAGCUCAAAAGGAACAAAACUGAGAAAGUGAAAGGACGAGACAAUGGGAUUUUUGGAGUGCCACUUACAGUCCUCCUGGAAAAUGACCGAAAGAAAGAUCCUGGAGUGAAAGUCCCCCUAGUAUUACAAAAAUUUUUUGAGAAAGUUGAAGAAUCAGGUCUGGAAUCCGAAGGAAUUUUCCGACUUUCAGGAUGUACUGCCAAAGUCAAGCAAUACCGUGAAGAGCUGGAUGCCAAGUUCAAUGCCGAUAAGUUUAAAUGGGACAAAAUGUGCCAUAGAGAAGCUGCAGUCAUGUUGAAAGCAUUCUUCAGAGAACUCCCCACCUCUCUCUUCCCUGUGGAAUAUAUACCUGCUUUCAUCACGCUAAUGGAAAGGGAGCCUCAUGUCAAAGUCCAGUUUCAAGCCUUACACCUCAUGGUCAUGGCUCUGCCAGAUGCCAACAGGGACACAGCCCAGGCCCUGAUGACAUUCUUCAAUAAAGUGAUUGCCAAUGAGUCAAAGAACCGAAUGAGCAUGUGGAAUAUCUCCACGGUGAUGGCCCCGAACCUGUUCUUCAGCAGAAGCAGACACUCGGACUGCGAGGAGUUGCAGCUGGCCAACACAGCCACACACAUCAUCCGCCUGAUGCUCAAAUACCAGAAGAUGCUGUGGAAGGUCCCGUCCUUCCUAAUUGCCCAAGUCAGAAGGAUGAAUGAAGCCACCAUGCUGCUGAAGAAGCAGCAACCAAGCAUGCGAAAGCUCCUCAGAAGGAGGACGCUAGAACGAGAGGUAACAAGUCCAAAAACUUCAAAGGUACUACAGAAAUCACCCUCUUCAAGAAGAAUGUCUGAUGUGCCAGAAGGAGUCAUCAGGGUCCAUGCUCCGCUUCUCUCCAAGGUCUCCAUGGCGAUACAACUGAAUAGUCAAACCAAAGCCAAGGACAUACUGGCAAAAUUUCAGUAUGAGAACAGUCAUGGUUCAUCCGAUUGUAUUAAGAUGCAGAGCCAAAGGUUAUAUGAAAUUGGAGGAAAUAUAGGACAGCAUUGCUUGGAUCCUGAUGCCUAUGUAUUGGAUGUGUAUCGUGUGAAUCCUCAUGCAGAAUGGGUGAUUAAGCCCCAGCCAAGCCUUUGAAAUACACCCAGUGUAUUGGCUGUUACCAUGUGUUAUAUGCCAAGAAGAUCCUGCACUUGGUGGGGGGAACCAAGACUGCCUUGACUCUUUG